AUGAAUCGAAGAUAGAUUCAAUGCCCUCCGGGUUCUGUACUCGCGAUUACAUCGAAGUGCAUGUGUUAAUAAUAAGGUAGACAGAGUGUCCGCAAGAGGUGGAGUCAAAGCCGUGCAUCGCUCCUGCCGUUUUCAGACAUUCAAAUCUUCAACUUCAAACUGCGCCAACGACACCCCCAAUCAUCUCGAGAUACAAAACCUGGUCUCGUCAACCAUGGCGAGCGCAACAAUGCAGACGGGCAUCUUCGAAGACCUGCAGCGCAAAAUCGACGAGGACACGGCGAUCAAAGAUGCACUGCGAGAUAUUGUGCAGAGUCUCGAGAAGCAGGAUCGAAAUACGCAGUCGACAUUAUCGAGGGUUCAUUCUACGCCUCCGGCGAAACUCGGCGGCAUCAUAGAAGCAGCGCAAAGCAGCAUCCAAGAAGAAAUCCAAAUCGUGCGCCAGCUGGAGGUGGUCGCUUCGCAGCACCCGUACUACAAGUUCAACUAUGCGUGGACGAGGCAGAUGCAGGAUGUGUGCUAUUCAAUCCUCCUCUGCGGCUAUCUGGGAGGUUUCGGCAAGCCGGCGAGUGGGCAAUUGCUCACGAUUGAGGAGGUGGGAGGAUUGAUGGGGGUGCCGGUCAACCUCAAAGAGCGUGAUGCAUUCCAUCUGACGAUCGAGGAGUAUCUCCUGGCUCUGGUGUCUCUGAUCGAAGAGCUGUCCCGACUCGCACGCAACUCCGUCACCCUGGGCGAAUUCCGGCGGCCGCUGCAAAUCAGCCAGUUCGUCAAGGACGUGCAUGCCGGCUUUCAGAUUCUCAAUCUCAAGAACGACGCGUUGCGGAAGCGCAGCGAUGGGAUCAAGUAUCGGGUUAAGGACGUGGAGGAUGUGGUGUACGAUCUUAGUUUGAGAGGACUGCUGCCGAAGGAUUGAUGUUCACGAUGCUGCUGUUGAAUGGCGAUUGCGGGAGCUGAGGUGAGCUUGGGAUAGAGGGGUGAAGAAUCUGCUUGAUUGGACACCGACCAUAGCCUGCCUCGGAG